AUGCCUCCCCAACAGCAACAGCAGCAGCAGCAACAACAACAACCUCAACAACAAUCACAACAACAACAACAACCACCUCCUAAAACAUUGGGGGUAACUUCUGCUAUUAGCUUAGCAUUGCCUAAAAUUAGCGAUAUUCAAAAGACGAAAGAACUUGAAGAAGCGCUAAAACCGUUUAAUGUUUUUGAGAGUGAUGCCGAGUUGAACUUUCGUAUGGAAGUACUAAGCAAAUUAAACAAUUUGGUUAAAGAAUGGAUCAUUGACAUAAGCGUUAAUCAAAAAAAUAUGCCUAAAAAUGUUGCCGAGCAAGUUGGGGGGAAAAUAUACACAUUUGGCUCGUACAGGUUAGGAGUUCAUCAAAAAGGUGCUGAUAUUGAUGCUUUAUGUGUUGCUCCGAGACACAUUGAUCGUUCAGAUUAUUUCACAUCUUUUUAUGAAUUACUUAAAGAGCAAAAAGAAGUUAGUCAAUUACGAUCAGUAGAAAAUGCAUUUGUUCCAGUUAUUAAAAUGAAUUUCGAUGGUAUUGAAAUAGAUUUAUUAUUUGCCAGACUUGCUCUAAAAGAAAUACCUGAUGAUAUGGAUUUAAAAGAUGAUUAUUUACUGAAAAAUCUCGAUCAAAAAUGUGUGAGAAGUCUAAAUGGCUGUAGAGUAACAGAUGAAAUUUUAAGGCUGGUUCCCAACAAAGAAAAUUUCAGAUUGGCUUUGAGAGUUAUUAAAUUAUGGGCUAAAAAGCAUCGAGUUUACAGUAAUGCUUUAGGAUAUUUAGGAGGUGUUUCUUGGGCAAUGUUAGUUGCUAGAACGUGUCAGUUAUAUCCGAACGCUGUUGCUGCCACGCUUGUUCAUAAGUUUUUCCUUGUUUUUUCAAAAUGGAAAUGGCCUCAACCGGUACUUUUGAAACAACCUGACACUCUCAAUUUAAAUUUUCCAGUUUGGGAUCCAAGGGUCAACGUUUCGGACAGAUAUCAUUUAAUGCCAAUUAUAACUCCAGCAUAUCCUCAACAAAAUUCAACAUUUAACGUUUCGCUUUCGACGCGAUCGAUAAUGCAAGAUGAAUUAAAAUUAGGUUUGUCCAUAACCGAGGACAUAAUGUUGGGAAAAUGCGGUUGGGAAAAAUUAUUUGAAACGUCUCAUUUUUUUUCGAAAUAUAGGCAUUAUAUCGUUUUAUUAUUAUCUUCAAAUUCACCGGAGGAUCAAUUAGAAUGGUGCGGACUGGUAGAAUCGAAAAUAAGGUUGCUCGUUGGAAACUUGGAACGAAAUCAUCAUAUUAAUUUAGCUCAUGUUAAUCCGGAUAGUUUUCAGCAACCUCAAGAACCCGAUUCAAACGUUUUAUGCACAAUGUGGUUUAUCGGAGUUGUUUUUGCCAAAACGGGAAAUUUAAACGUUGAUCUUACUUAUGAUAUCAUGUCUUUUACUGAUACAGUGGUAAGGCAAGCUAGAGCUAGUAACAUUUGGAAGGAAGGAAUGAAAGUCGUAGCGAAAUAUGUCAAAAGGAAAGAAUUAACGUCGUAUUUGUCGCCGAGCGUUCUUAAGAAAGAAAAACGAUUAAAUACGACACCGAAUGCUUCGCCGGGUUCCAAAAACGGAGGGGUUCAAGAGAAAAAUAAAAAGAGGAAAAUGGCGGAAACGACAUCGGGACCGAUGGCAAAAAAACCCCGGGCGGUUGAUGAAAAUGCCUGUCACGGCGACGAAUCUCCAUUGAGUAAAAAUGAUUUGGUUUUAAAUUGUGAUGAAACAAAUUCAACAUUUGACGAAAGUUCCGAAGAGAAAAGGAUCGAAACAAACGAGGAACAAAGUUCAAACAUUCUUGCGACGCACGGAAAGGAGGUCAGGUUUUGUUUCGUUAAAGAUAGGUAUUUAAGAAAGAUGAUUUAUUUGUGA